UGAAGUCCUCCGCGGUUACCGGACAUGUCGGGUGGCGGGAGUCUCGCGGGCAGUGGCAGCACUUUGUUCUCCGGGUUCCGGGUUCUGGGUCUUUAUUCAAACCACGUGCCGCACGCGCUCCGGUACCACCAGAAGCACCGGGAGUUUUACCUGGUGACGGCGGUCGGUAAAAGUCUCCACACGUACAACGUGAACAGGUUGGGGAUCGUUGCUGUCAGUAACAGCCUGUCAGAUGACAUCACCUGCGUGGCAGCCGACAGGAUGCUGGUGUUUGCCGCCGCCGGGCGAGUUGUCAGCGCCUUCGCCCGGAACAAAGAGGUGGUGAUGUGUUACAAUGGUCACAGACAGGAAGUGCGUCUGCUGCUUCCGCUGGGCGAUCACCUGAUCUCUGCUGACAGCGGCGGUGAUGUCAUCGUGUGGGACGUCCAGGGGGGGGAUGUCUACCUGCGGCUGCAGUUCGACCCCAACACUUUUGACGUGUCGGCCAUGAUGCACCCGAGCACUUACCUGAACAAGGUGUUGCUGGGAAGCUCCCAGGGUGCACUGCAGCUCUGGAACAUCAAGACCAGUAAGCUGCUGUUCACGUUUCCCGGCUGGUCGGCAGGAGUCACGGUUCUGCAGCAGAGUCCCGCAGUGGAUGUGGUUGGUGUUGGCACGGUGACGGGCCGCAUCAUCAUUCACAACAUCCGAUUGGAUGAGACACUGAUGAGCUUCACGCAGGACUGGGGACCAAUCAGCUCGCUCGCCUUCAGAACAGACGGUCCUCCCAUCGUGGCGUCCGGCAGUCCUCAGGGCCACAUUGCAUUCUGGGAUCUGGAGCGCCGCCAGCUGGUUGCUCAGCAGAGACACGCCCACGGUACAGCCGUUGCCGCGGCAACCUUCCUGCACGGAGAGCCGCUAUUGGUCACCAACGGAGCCGACAACGCCAUCAAGGUGUGGAUAUUUGACCAGGAGGGGGGCGGAGCCAGACUGCUGCGGAGUCGUCAGGGUCACAGUGCCCCGCCCACCACCAUCCGUCACCACGGUAACGACGGAAAAAACAUCCUCAGUGCAGGUCAGGACGGGACAUUGCAGUCUUUCUCCACUGUCCAUGAGCGCUUCAACAAGAACCUGGGUCACGGGACAAUCAACAAGAAGAAAGAGAAGAAGAAGAAGAAGGGGCUGUCCUAUGAGGAGCUGCGUCUUCCUGCCAUCACAGCUUUAUCAUCCGCCGCUGCCCGUCAGUCAGACUGGGACGGCAUUGUCGCAUGUCAUCGCGGUCGCCUAGCAACCACAACAUGGAACUACCAGAGGUGCACCUUGGGAGCUCACCAUUUGAAGCCGCCCUCCCAUAGCAGGGAUGCCGUCGCCACGGCCGUCGACAUCACUUCCUGCGGUAACUUUGCUGUGAUUGGCACGUCGUGUGGAGGCGUCGACAUCUAUAACCUGCAGUCCGGCCUGCACCGAGGUUGCUAUGGCGAUGAUAAGAAAGCUCACAGCGGCGUGGUGCGAGGUGUCGCCACGGAUACCCUGAACCAGCUGACCCUCACGGCCGGCUCCGAUUGGCUGCUCAAGUUCUGGCGCUUCAAGACCAGGAAACAAGAAGAACAGCUGAAGCUAAAUGCUGCGCCGGCUAGCAUGAUGCUACACAGAGACAGCGGGAUGCUAGCAUUAGCACUGGAUGACUUCACACUACUGGUGGUCGACAUAGAAACCAGACGGGUGGUCAGGAAGUUUGCAGGUCACCACGGCAACAUAAAUGACAUGACAUUCAGCCCCGAUGGCCGCUGGCUGGUUACCGCGGCGAUGGACUGCACCAUUCGUACCUGGGAUCUCCCCUCUGGCUGCCUUGUCGACUGUUUCCUGGUCGCCAUGGCACCGGUGGCCGUGUCCAUGUCACCGACCGGAGACUUCCUGGCGACGGCUCACGUUGACAGUCUGGGUGUUUACCUCUGGACCAAUAAGAGCCUGUGCGGGCCUGUGGGGCUCCGCCCCCUCCCGGCUGACUACCAACCAGCUGCGGAGACGCUGCCGGGGGUCACACCAGACGAAUCGGAACAGGAAGUGGCAUCAGAGGAGGCGGACAAUGCGUAUCAGUCAGCUGAUCAGUUGGGGGCGGAGCUUGUGACGCUGUCACUGCUGCCGGAGUCUCGUUGGAAAAGUCUGCUUUACCUGGACGACAUAAAGAGGAAGAAUAAACCUGUAGCGCCCCCUGUGGCUCCGGCUGCAGCGCCGUUCUUCCUGCCAACAGUUCCUGGUCUCACGCCUCAGUUCACAUUGCCCACAGCAACCGAACAGGAAACACAGUCGAAGGUGCUGAGUUGGGGUUUGUUGUCUCAGAGAUCGGAGUUCAGUUCUGCUCUGGAAUCAGCUCUAGAGUCUGGAUCAUUUGAUCGCCCGGUGCGUCUCCUGAAGGAUUGUGGGCCAGCGGCGCUUUCAGUCGAGCUCACCUGUCUGGCAUCAGAGGGGGGCGUGGCCAGCGGCCUCCUGCUCGCCUUCAUUCACAUGAUUGACAGCAUGUUGGCCAGCGGGCGGGACUUUGAGCUGGCUCACGCUUACCUGGCGCUCUUCCUGAAGCUCCAUCUCCGCUCGCUGUCGCAGGACUCCGUUGCCAUGGCAGCUUUGCUCCGGCUCUCCACCCGGCUGGAGGCGGGGUGGGCGGGGCUACGAGCAUCGUUCGACCAAUCGCUGUGUCUGCUUUCAUACGCCAAGAGCGCGCUGCUGUGACACACACACACACACACACACACACACAGUUUUGUAUUUUAA